UAUAACCAUAACGAUCCAUCCACCUGUUCUAUUAAUACUAAAAUAUCCCAUUUCUUUAAUAAUUGUCCCGAGAAAAAAAUGAGCGGCCUAGUCAUUGCUGUAUUCCUGGUGAUGAUCAGCGCGGGCGGCGUGCUGUCGCAGAUGCCGCAGCUGAGCUGCCAAUGCACCUCCGGGAUCCUGCGCGGCCUGCAAGUGUGCGCCACCGACGGGAAGACAUACGGCACGCCCUGUGACCUUACCAACGCUCAACGCACCAACAGCGCACUGGGCCUGAAGUGCCUCGGCCCAUGUCCCUGCCCCGCCGCCAUCCCGGCCGUCAGCAAAGUCUGCAUCCGCUUCGGACUGUGGAACAGCAUCACCGGCACCUCCACGGCGGCACCUUCUACCACUUCCGGUGCCUCUACCGUCGCUUCGACCACCUCCGCGGCGGUUGUGUCGACCACCACCGCCGCCCCGACCACCUCCACCACCGCCGUCUCAACCUCCACAACCGUCGCGCAACAAUCCCCGGGACCCAUCCAGCCCUUCGCCGGCGCCUUGAAACCGGGCCGUCGCCACGGCGGCCGCAGCCACGGUCACCACCGUCCGGGCCACGGCGGCCGCUCCAGCUCGGAGGAGCGCCCGGGCUCCAGCUUCCGUCCGGUGCUGGUGGGCCCGCCUGUCUGCCUGACCAACGGGACCACGCUGUACGAUCCCGUCGCGGUGCGCUGCGCCGUGGCCGAUCCCAACACGCCCAACGUCGGCAUCCGGUGCUUCGGCUCGUGCCGCUUCUGCGCCGCCGCUCCCUGGUGCCCCGGCACCAACGUCCCGGUCGCCGGAAGCACCGCGCAACCCGGCGCCACAACCGUCUCCUCCGCGCCCAUGGCGACCACCCCGGGCGGCAGCACCCCCGAGCCCAUCGCGGACUUUGCCGGCAUGAGCAAGGCCAUCUUCCAGAACGCCGCAUUUAAUUAAAAUAAUAAUACUGUAAAACACCGGAAGCGUGUUUAUAUCUUCUUUACUCGUGUCGUUCAUUCCACUUCAAAAAUUAAAUUUUUACGAGAAUGUCUCGGUAUUGGAGCUGGUAAAGAAAUAAAGUCAGCAGAUUAUUAAACAA